AAGUGGACGAGGAAUGCAAGCAUGUCUUGAUAGAAAGGGACGAAUAGGGCAUUAGAUUAUUUGUGUUAUACACUUUCUUUGUCUUUGUUAUUGUCAAAAGCUCAUUGUUCCAAUCCUAUCCAAUUAUAAGGAAUUAUAAAACCCUCAAAAUUCAGCUGUUGAAACAUUCACAUCGGCUGCAUUACAAUACUAACAAACACUACAUUUCAAACAAGCAAAAAGAGGUCACAACAGCAAAAGAUUCCAAACAACAGAAAAGGAAAGAAAUUAAUUCAUGCAUUAAAGCAUUGCUUCUGCUUGAUCAAGAUCAAUCCAAUCUGCAGUUGAUAGCCACGUGUUCAUUGCGGGCUCCACAUUUUCGAGGGAAUUAAUCGUCAAAAAAAACAGGCUCAUUUUAGGGCUGCAAGAUUCUCCUCUGCAGUCUGUGUCUUAAAGAGAUCAAACAGAAUCGUGAUUUGUUUUGAUGCUUGAUCAAUGGAGAGAUUGAAUCAUAGUUAUGGAUUUGCAACCACUUUUGCUUCUGAGCUGCCCGAGUUUCCUCAAAACUCGGGCGCCCAGCAACAGCCUGAUCCGUGGCCUGCUGACGCCAUAGUCAGUAGGAUAGGAUCAACGGCUGCUGCUUUCUACGCGACUGAGGCCCACAUGGGCUUAUCGCGGUACGAUCUUCAAGAAAACGCUGCCACAUUCAACUCAUGUGAUCAAUUUGGAAGGAGCAUCUUUGUAGAUCCAUCCCCACCAAAAAACCUAAUUUUUAGGCCUAACCAUCUCUCUGAUCAGAAUGAACACCUCUUGAUCCUUCAAGAAAAGCUACUAGGCGACAUUGACGACGCGAGCAUGAUAAGCCCGUCUCCCCCUUUCAAUCCGAUUCAUGAUCUUCGCGGCUCACAGAAUGUUGGUGCAUCUCAUUUUGGAAACAUGAAUCCGUUUGGACAGCAGGCUGCAAGUGGUAACGUUGUUACAUCGAGCAAGACGAGGAUUAGGUGGAGCCAAGAUCUGCAUGAUCGAUUUGUUGAUUGUGUGAAUCGACUUGGUGGUUCUGACAAGGCGAGGCCUAAGGCAAUACUGCAGCUGAUGGAUACAGAGGGGCUCACCAUUUUUCAUGUCAAAAGCCAUCUGCAGAAAUAUCGGAAUGUGAAGUACGCGCCAGAAUCAAUGGAAGGAAGAUCAGACAAAAGGAGUAACAUUGGAAGCAACGUAGCUCAAAUCGACAUAGAAACUGGUAUGCAAAUCAAAGAGGCGCUGCAGCUGCAACUCGACGUCCAGAUGUGCCUCCACGAACAACUAGAGAUUCAAAGAAACUUGCAGCUUAGCAUCGAAGAACAAGGCAAGAAGCUGAAGAUGAUGCUCGAUCAACAGCAGAAAACUACGCAAAAUCUCAUGGAAUCCAACAGCAAAUCCACAAUGGAAGAUCAAGAUCCAGAAGUUUCUGUCUCAGAAGUGUCUGAUGAUAAUGAUUCCCAAUUAAGAUAAACUAGCUACUUGCCUUAACACCAUUUACAUUUUCUUGCAAUGAUAGUUAAGCUCAGAUGUUUCUUUUUUUUUUUUUUUUAUAAGUGUACUUCACUUGUUACAUAGUUGAAUAAAACCUCUUCUCAAGCAA